AUGGAUACUUCCAUACGGAGCACUAUCCAUACAGAAGCAGUGGCGCCAAUCAUAACCGAGUGGAUUUUGCCGACCAAAACAAAGACGGACCUUGGGAAAUUAUUCGGCGAACUCGGGCGCGGUGUGGUUCGAAUAAGUCGGACAAGACUAAUCAAAGGACCAUGUCGAGAGUCAGAGCUUGCAGCUUUGAAAUAUGUGGCCGAGCACACCUCGAUUCCUGUGCCCAAAGUCUACAAAACCCACUACUACCAAGAUGCGCUCUACAUCGAGAUGGAAUAUAUCCGCGGAUCGACACUCCAGAGCGCUUGGUUUCGAGGGCACCCAAAAGAAAGCGAACCGCCACGAGAAGAAAUAGUGGCAUCGGCAGCUCUCAAAGGGGGCCUGGAUUUACGCAUUGGGCCACGCCCGUUCGGUCCAUUCGAUACUCACCAAGACUUCCACGCUUACGUUCGGGGAAACCUGGCGAUCGAACACUGUACACAGACAUUUGGGGAAGAAGUCACUAAAUGUCAUACUCACAAGUACCGCAGCUGUUUCACUCACGCCGACCUGUGUCUUCGGAACAUUAUGGUAGACAACGGAAAGGUCACUGCCAUAGUAGACUGGGGAUUUGGCGGAUGGUAUCCCGAAUAUUGGGAGUAUACCAAGGCACACUACGGUCAAAUCGAUCUACCCGAAUGGUACGAGGGGUUAGAAUCUGCUCUCGAUCGAUACGAUGAUGAAUUGCUGGCCGAGCAGGUCCUCUGGGAGCAAUGCGAUGAGCCUGGCUUCAUUUGGGAGAAAGCGGAUAUGCAGAACCCUAGCUAA